CCAGUCGCACAACGCAACACAGAACCAGUGCACCUGGUUCUGGGGUACUGUUGGCAAAAAAGAGGGCAGAGGCCUACUGUGUGUGUGUCCUCCAUUUUGUGCUACCCACCACCGAAUUGUUCGUUCGUACGUACGCCAAGUGUCAAGGAGUUGUGUCAGCUGAACCAUUUCACUUCACCAAAGACUGGUAGUGGCCAUUUUUUAUAAUUCCCUGUAGGAAAUGCUGGAUAAAACCUAAACAUUUCAACUACAGGCCAUCGGUUAACGAGAGCAAACUCGACCUCUCCCACACCAUAUCUUCCGACAGAAAUAGCCUAAAGGAUAGAUAACGGAGCGUGAAAAAAAAUAAAAACAUGUGAUCUCGUUAAUCAAACACCGAAGAGCGGAACCGAAGCUUAUCCAAACAGGGAGACAUCAAGCCGCCGGAACCAGACGGUGUCCCACCGAUAGCUCACCAGGACCCGAGAAGACGCGUCCCAGUGCCAGGGUUACGUGUAUCCGCUGAGCAUUUCACUGUACGAUGAUGUAGCGGCUGGCAGCCAGCGAAGCAAAGCCGAUAGUACGAAAGCAGAAAAAUCGCGCUUUCCGACCGCCCGGAACAUUCGUUAGUAUUAUCACCGACAUCAUCGGACGGCCGUCACGACCGUCCGUGCGCUCGCUGUGGUCGUUGUCAUCGUGACCGGCGUUGUAUCGCGUCCGACAGUCGAUCAUUUCGUGUCCCCAGGCGACGCUUACGGUUGUGUAGACGGUAGCAUAACCAUGCUGUGUGUGCGCCGUUCGUCUGAUAUUGCAAACGUAUCGAGGCAGCUCACGUGCGGUAAGUGAGUGUGUGAGCUGUCCACGUGAAGGUGAAGAUAUAGCAGGACACAGCAGAGCAGGUGGUUGUGAGUGAGUGAGUUAGUGAAAAGUGAAAAGUAAAAUCACAAACGAAACGCCCAAGUGACCAACGAUGGCCGGCACGAUAGCGACGACUGUGGGCAUAAAUCAGGCUACCGGUGGUGGCGUGCUGCUGCCCGACGCUGUCCUCGACAAGCUGUACCAGAGCUACGCGCUCAAGCAGAAGCGGGUCGCCUUUACCUGCUAUCUGAUCGCCUCGAUCCUGUUCGACAUCUGGGCCAUUGCGGUACCGCAGGGACAAAGCGUUGAAAGCAUAGUCGUUACCAGCGUGUUCCUCACCAUCAACGUCGUCCUGGCGAUCGUGUUGCGCUUCUGUGGGCGGGGUCGUUUCCGUGGCGUCAUAUGGGAAGUAGCGCCCCAUCUGGCGUGGCUGCUUGCCAUUAAGCAGCUUUUCCUGCAGCUCUUUCUUAAAGGCUCGGUAACACCCAGAGAUUCGCUCGGUUGGGCCGUGUUGCUUAAUUUUUUAGUAUACGUGACCUUGCCAGUGCUGCUGAAGUACACCGGGAUUCUGCUCGGGCUCGGUUCGUUCGCUACCUACGUCAAUGCAAUUAUCGGGCUGGCCAAGAAAGAGAACUAUUUUUGGGAACAGCAAGUGGCCAACGUACUUCUGUUGAUUGCCGCUACUCUUAUCGGGCUGUUGUGCUACUUCUUGGCCGAAGGGAAACAACGACGAGCUUUUCUCGAAGCAAAGCAAGGCCUAGAGGUGAAGAUGCUGAUCGAGGAGCAGUCAGCCGAGCAGGAGCGAUUGCUGCUGUCGGUGCUACCCGAGCAUGUUGCGGUCAAGAUGCGGCAGGAUCUCGGUUCCACCAACUCGGAGCAGUUCAAGAAAAUCUACAUGAGUCGCCACGAAAACGUCAGCAUACUGUAUGCAGAUAUCGUCGGUUUUACGGCCAUCUCGUCUACCUAUUCGGCCCAGGAUCUGGUGAAGAUUCUCAACGAACUCUUCGCCCGUUUCGACCGGCUUGCGGAGAAAUAUCAACAGCUGAGGAUAAAAAUUCUGGGUGAUUGUUACUACUGCAUCAGUGGAGCCCCCGUCGAGCGGCCGGAUCAUGCCGUCCUGUGUGUGCACAUGGGUCUAUCUAUGGUGAAAGCGAUCAAGUACGUCCAGCAGAAGACUAACUCACCCGUGGAUAUGCGCGUCGGCAUACACACCGGUGCAGUGUUGGCGGGAAUUCUGGGCCAACGGCAGUGGCAAUUCGACGUCUACUCGAAGGAUGUCGAGCUGGCGAACAAAAUGGAAUCAAGUGGAAAGGCUGGCCGUGUCCAUCUUUCGGAGAAAACGCUCGGUUUUCUAAAUGGCGAGUUCGAAGUCGAGCCGGCCUUUGGUGAAAAGCGCGAGGAAGCCCUCCGAAUAGCGGGCCUUAAGACGUAUUUCAUCACGAAGGUGCUUAAACCGUUCUGCCCGUCGGAGCACAAAAAUGGUUCGGCCGAUCCGAAAGAUGUGGUCAUCGAGGCGGACGGUCCGUCGGAGAUCCUCCGCGAUGAGGACGACCCGAAGGCCGCCAGUGAAGCGAACGGUGGCGGUGACGAACCAUCGACACCGGGCACCGACGACAAAACGGACACACUGGAGGACGAGCAGGCGUGCGAGGACUACAAGAUGCGCCUCCGCAAGGAGCUCGUCAGCCGGGACGGGCACAGUGAAAUCAGCAAGGAUACAACCAUUUUCCUAACGUUCAACGACAAAACGCACGAGACGGCCUACAACGAGUACCGGGAGCCGCACAGUGCGGUACCGCUGCUCGCUGCGCUGCUGGUACAGCUCGUCGCCAUUCUGUACGCUCUGUUAGUUCUUCCAAGGACGGCGGUGCACUUUGAAAUUGUGAUACCGCCACUAGUGAUUAUUUUCGUGAUGGUGUUCAUUUCCGUCGCCGAAAGUCUAACUGGGAUUCUGCCGGCAUUCAUCACGCUAAACAGCAAACGAUACAACGAUAGUACCAGCUUACGGAAAUCUACGGCCAUCAUUAUCGUCCUGCUGCUGGGCGUUUCGAACGUGAGCGACAUGCUGGCGGCCUCUUACAGGACACCACUAAGCCUCAACAUUACUAACGUGUCGUUCGCCUCGACCGAGAUGGAACCAGCUAGCGUUUGUCUAUUCCCGUCGUACUUCAGUAACUAUACCGUUUUAAUACUAAUUGCCACCUCAAUCAUAACGCAAUUAUCGCAUCUCAGCAAAAUUUUAUUAAUGAUCAUCAUAACCGCGAUCCAUUGCUACGUGAACAUCUUUCACCUGGACGAAGCAUUUCGGAACGAGGACUUUGGCAUUCUGAACGUCUUUCCACUGCGCUACACACUGUCCGCGCUGCUGGUUGCCGUCACGAUAGCGCUCUCCUUCCUGGCCCGACACAUCGAUAAAGUAGAUCGUGUAAUAUUCAUGUGGAAGACGGAGGUGAUUGAUCAGAAGGAAAAGGCGAGCGAUAUGCGACGAAGAAACGAAGCCCUCGUCUACAACGUCCUGCCGAUGCACGUGGCGGAACACUUCAUGGGUAAUCGGAAGCGGUCGCACGAUGACUUGUACUCGCAGAGUUACGCCGAGGUGGGCGUACUGUUCGCCAGCAUGCCUAACUUUUCCGACUUCUACUCGGAGGAAACGGUCAACAACCAGGGGUUGGAGUGUUUGCGCUUUCUGAACGAGGUCAUUUCCGAUUUCGAUGCGCUGCUGGAACUACCCCAGUUUCAGGACAUCAUCAAAAUCAAGACAAUCGGCUCCACGUACAUGGCAGCGAGCGGCCUAAACCCGUCCCGCAUCGUUAAACCGGACGAUCCCGUAUCGGUGCGGUGGGCUCACCUUGCCCUGCUGGUGGAGUUUGCGCUCGAGCUGAAGAAGGCUCUGCAAGGCAUUAAUGAGCAGUCCUUCAAUCAUUUCGUACUGAAAAUGGGCGUUAAUCAUGGGCCCAUAACGGCGGGUGUAAUUGGAGCCCGGAAACCACAUUAUGACAUCUGGGGCAACACGGUGAACGUAGCGUCCCGCAUGGAAAGCACAGGUAAAGCCGGCGCUAUACAGGUGACCGAGGAGACGUGCCAGAUUUUGCAAACCUUCGGCUACACCUUUGAGCAGCGUGGUCUCGUUGCGGUCAAGGGUAAGGGUCAGCUGAUGACGUACUACCUGCAGGGUAAGGUACCGCGCCCGACCGGUCCAACUGCUUCACCUAUUCUGCAGAAUGUAACCGCCAUGGAGACGGUCCAGGAAGUGGACGAAUCGAAAGAAAGCCCACCGGCGCUUGCACCACCAACCACCGACGGGUCCUCACCGGCCCACCAACUACACUCGAUGUCCUCCAGCACGACCAGCCCGAACAGUGUGCGGCUCAACCAGGAGUACGUGGAGAUGAAGGCAUCCAACAGUAGUAGCGCGACAACUACGGUGCAGGAAAGCACCAAACAGCAAGCCAGCAGCACCUUAACAGUCGUCUCGGAGAAAACCACCACCGCCAUCUCUAACACUAUCUCCAGCACAAGCAGUACCAGCUCCACAGUCGAAACCACCGUCAGCAAAACGGCCCAAUCGAGCGUGCGAUCGUCAACACUGUUCAAUGGAGGUGAAGCAACGCCUGCAGAUGAGAGCGACGCACAGACACCGUUGCUCGAGGGCAAAAAUAGUACCAACUCAAGCUCGAACCACUUUGGCGAGGGCGAAAAGGAUGCACUGUUGGAGAAUGGCUCCUAAGGAGUGACCAACCCAGCUCGUCGAUAAUUCUCCACCUUCUCUGAUCUGAUAAUCGUAGUAAUAGUAGAAGCUGUCAUGGUGAGCUAAAUGAAACGAAAGCUACAAACGACAGUAAUAGAUCGACUACAACAAUGGAGAAAAGUGUGGAGAUAUGGAUCCUUGUCCCGCUUCAAUAAUCACUUCUAGCAUGAUAAAAUUACCAAAGAGUUUUCCUUUCGGUUUGGGAACGAAAUGAAACGUUUUGUUUGAAUGGCAAUGUGUGUUACGUUGUGUAUCGUUAGCUAAAUCUAUUGACUAGUCUCUCUACUCUUCUUGUUUGGAGCAGAUUUUUUAAAACACGCUUGUUGGACACUCCGAAACAUUGUUAUACUGUAUUGCAUUGCUUUAGAUAGUUGUCCAAUAGUGUUGUGGCUGGUGUAUUUAUUGAAAGGAUCUUGUGAAACGAAGAUUUAAAAGACUGCCAGAAACUGAUAUAUACUUACUUUAGUGACUCCCACUCUCCCUCGAAAUACUUCAGAACAAUCAUGCAUUAUUUAUUUUAGAAGGCUAGAGUACGUGUUCUUUUGUUUGUAUUCUCAAACGACAAAACACUCAUUUACUCAAAUGAUAUUGCACACAAGCGCUGUGCUGCUGAAUGCAUUCCACCGAAUAAGUAAACACCGUAAAUGGCGACGCGACGUUAAUGAUACGCCAGGUUUAUUUCUCUACCGGUAACGCACACUAUUUGAUUUUAGUUUUGAAUCUCGAUAUCAGCAAUUUUACUUAACGGGAACGUGGAACGUACAUAUCUUAUUACAUUAAUCGAAAGAACAAGAAAUGGAUCCAUUCAAGAACCGUGAAAGAACAUUAUUUAUUGUAAUAUUUUUACCUUUUACCUUACAAAGCAGAAAUAAACAUUUGUUUAAUGCACAAAAUAGUUAUUUAAUGAAAAACCCGGAGAAUAAAAUCCCGCUGUAUUUGUUUAAAAAUAAAAAAAAAUUCGAAACGAAACAAAAUGAAACACCAGUUUUCAAAGGAGAAAAAAGAGCACACGAUUAGAAACCAAAUUGGCAAUAAAUUCUGUAAAGAAUGAAAGAAAACAAAUAAUGCAACAAUGAAAAGGAGAGGAAAAGGAGUAACACUAGUAGCAUUCAUUCAAUGUGAUUAAACACGCAUCGACUCGUUAAUAUGAUGUAAUACCUUUUUUGCGCUUCAUACCAAGAUCGAUGUGUCCUAGGUAAGGUAAAAAAAAACGUUGAGAGACACUUUGCGAAAGUGAUAAAAAGAAAACAAUAUAUACAGCAAGAGUGAACAAGAAAACCAAACAUGCAUGCAUUAAAGCAAAAUCCAAUCUUAACGUUAAUACUAAAAUCAUCCAUUUAGGAAGCAAACAAUUUGAUGUGUAUUAGAAACAAACGAAAUUCACUGCAAAUCAAAUGAAAAACAACAAAAAAAACAUUCAGCAAAUAAGAUAAACAACGGUGUGUAACAUGCUGUGGCAAUUCUCGCUCCUGCUCGGGAUUAGCGCGAGUGUAACAUUAGAAGUAGAAAGUACUUUGCAGCUAAGUGGAACGAAACAAACACAACAAUUCGUUUACGAUGGCCGAGUGUGGCAGUGACUCAUUCCAUCAGUGUGUAUGUGUGUUGUGUGUGUUAACAAUUUUCUUGGACGUCGUUCUUGAAUGAACGUAACACGCUUUAGCUCGAAUCGAAGACAAAAGAAAGGACAGUAGCAGCAGCAGUAGUAGCAGUAGUGAUAGUAAUUGAGGAGGAAACUAUAAGAGAAUAGAAAGGGAAUAACCCCACUCAAACAGCAGAACAAGCACAAUGACCGAACGGAGUGUAGCGUUAAUCACUUAACGCCUGUAGUGACCAAACACCAAGAGCUAUCUGUCCUUGGAGGUUAAAGCCUAGUACUUCUUGUGACGUUACUUUUAUAUUGAAUGGAGAUUUAAGAUGUUUUAUAUUACCCUGGUCACUGUCACUGUCCAAGGAUACCGAACAAAACCCACAAAAAAACAACUUGAGUACAAAAUCGAUCACAAC